AUGCGGCACGACGCUGGCAUUCUCCUCGCUCUCUUCUGCAUCCUCCUGGCUUCUCUGGUGGCAUCAGUCUCCACAGCCUGGCCCGGGCAAGCGACUUACAAACUUACGAGAAGGUGCGCUCAGUGCUGGCGGAGGCCAGAUUGAGGAGGGAAGGAUCCGAGGUUUGGCCCGUGGAUUCGUGGCGGUCCGACAAGAAGAGUGGGCGUCGACCGCCGAGAUUGCCACCACCUCCACAAUCAAGACCGAUAGCCAGUCAGCUCAGACUGCCGAUUCGCAGCUUCAGGCCUCCACCGCCAACUUAAGCUCCAUCGCCGCCGCCGACGAUGCGUUCCCCCAUGGUCCCCGGUUACUGGCCGCCCCCGCCGCCUCCGCGCUAUGGGUAGCAUUGUAG